UAUUAAACGUGAAUUUGCAGACAAUUUAUCGAUUAGUAUUGAAAGUGCGGUCGUUGGGUAAAUUUCGAGGUUUCGAGAGGACUUCCGUCGCGAAAUUGGGAGAGUUUCUUGUGAAAUUGGAAAAUGAAUUCAAGUCCCAAUGCUUGGUACAAUCCGGUAAAUUCUGAAUAUUCAUACAAUUUCAAUCAGCCAGAAGUGGAUCCUAUUUGCUAUUAUGGGGAUCAGAAGGUCGGAGACUGUGUUCAGAGGGUUCCUGGGUAUGAGAUUGAUGGGUUUGGGGUUCCACGGUAUAUCAAUGGCGGGAGUUACAAUACCGGUUCGCGUAGUGAUUAUUUUCCGGGCAAUUUCUAUCCAGAAGAUCCACCAGCCGUGUCUUAUGCUCCAUGUCAGGGACCAAGGCCGUGGAAUUUUGCUUAUUGCUAUGGAUUCUAUGGAGACGCUCCAUGUCCAUUUGCCAAUAUGAUCGAUAUGGAAGAUUUUAUGAACAAUGAGAAACGCAAAGAAAAGUCACGGGAUGCAGCUAGAACUAGACGUUCGAGAGAAACUGAAAUAUUCACUGAAUUGGCUCAAUCUCUUCCAUUGCGCCGAGAAGAAGUGGAUCAAUUGGACAAGGCCUCAAUAAUGCGGCUGUCAAUUGCAUUUCUCAAAGUGAGAAAUAUGCUGGAGCUCUUUCCAAAAGCAACGGCUUUGGUUGAUAAUGAUACAGUUGAUGACAAUGAGAAUGAUGUGAAAUCUUUGGUGGUUAUGCCCAAGUACUUUGAAACGGAGAAAAUGAUUCUAGGAGCUCUGGAUGGAUUCCUACUGGUUCUGUCCACAGAUGGGGAUAUUACCUAUGUAUCCCAGAAUGUGGCAGAAAUUUUGGGUAUUCAACAGAUUGACUUGUUGGGUCAGCCAAUUUGGGACUACAGCCACCAAUGCGAUCAUGAGGAAUUGCGUGAGGUGCUGAAUGUGAAGAAAAGUGUUUCUGAUGAUGGAAAUGGAAGUUCCGUGCAGAAAAGUAUCUUUAUACGGCUCAAAUGUACAUUAACGAGUCGCGGUAGGAGUGUCAACAUCAAAAGUGCUUCUUACAAAGUUAUUCAUUUUUCUGGGCAUAUUGCCACAAAUGUGUCUGAUGAUGGUAAACGUGAAUUUAUUGGGAUUGGACGACCAAUGCCACAUCCAUCAAAUAUUGAAAUUCCACUGGGAUCGAAGACUUUCCUGACCAAGCAUUCACUUGAUUUGAAAUUCAGCUAUGUCGAUGAGAAGAUGUAUUCACUUCUCGGCUAUCAGUCUCAGCAUUUACUGGGAAAGUCCCUGUAUGAACUCCAUCAUGGGGCAGAUUCGGAUAAUCUCAUGGGCAUGUUCAAGAGCUUGCUUAGCAAAGGACAAAUGGAAACGAGUGGAUAUCGUUUUCUAGCUCGCGCUGGGGGAUACGUUUGGGUGGUGACUCAAGCAACGAUUGUCUAUGAUAAGCAGAAGCCACACAGUGUCGUCUGUGUAAACUAUGUGAUCAGUGGUAUCGAACAUGAAAAUGAGAUAUUCUCCUGUGCACAAUUGGAGGCAAAACAGUCCACGAGUGUCGAUCAGAAGCAGCAGCAGCAUCAUCCGGAUAAUCAGUGUGAUGAUGGUGAUGGUGUUGUAAAGAAAUUGGAUGUGCUAAAGAAUUGUAGGCGAAGUGGUGAAGAAAAAUCAGUUGAAAGCUGCAAAUCCGGGCUUGUGGUGUCGCAAUUACGUAAAGAAGUGAAUACAUAUCGUUCUUGUUCGCAAACGGCAGCUAAAUUUGCCGGUGAUCAGGAGAAGAAUUUGCCCAAGGUGGUACAGCAGCAGCAGCAAGAGAAGCAAGAGAGGGCCUAUUCUGUGACUGAAAAACUCUUUAUACCAAUCAGUGCCAUUUCACCACGUCCAGAAUCGGCCACGCAGAAAAUCUUCGUACCACGCACUGAAGACAUGAAUAAAGGAUUUUUGAUGUUCUCCGAAGAGGAACCUGGACUCACAAUGCUGAAGGAAGAACCCGAUGAUCUGACCCAUCUGGCCCCAACGGCUGGAGAUGCAUGUAUUCCAUUGGAAGAAUCAACACCAUUUUUCAGUUCAUGUGACGUCUUUGACGACUUAAUCGACUAUUGUUCACUCCUACCGGAUGAUAUAAACUCACCAUUGGACUCUCAAUGCAGCAAUGGGCAAAAUAAGCCCAAUACAGAUCCCUUUAUUAACUAUCGUGAUGAAUCCAGUGAAACAAGUGGAUCUCCGCAUUUACUGUCCCCUGGGGGUGUUUCCAAGAGUCCCGAAGCUAGUAGUUUGCCAUCGUUGUGUAGUCCAAAUGGAUCACUGCAAGAUGACGAAUUGGCAUUUAUGACCAUGAAUAUGGAGGAUGAUAUUGAUCUGUCAAUGAGAGCACCGUAUAUAUCAAUGAGUGAAGCUGAUGAUUUGCCUCUGUUGAUAUCAGAAGAUUUGAUGUGGGGAGCAUUCCCAGAGGGUUUAAAUUUGCACAAAGAUAUGAAGGAGGGAAUGCCAAAGGAGGCAUCAAAUGGAAAUGUUACCAAUUAUUCCCAUCCACCACAAAUCCCAAUGUCACAUCAUCAGCAAAAGAUGAGGUGUCGUGAUAGUCAGCAACUGUCGCAAGAUCAUCAAUUGAUCGAUAAUUGCACAAAUGUCAGAGGAUCAGAUCAAACGGACAGAGGUGGAGGAGGUGAUGGAUGCAAUAUCGCUCCAAAUGAUAUCAUUAAUUCAUGCCCAGACGUUUUUAGCAAGAACAGUUCUGAUCUUCAGUCAUGGCCACUCAGUGAUUUCCUCCAAUAUACCACCGCUUCAAAUACAAUUUCCCCUAAAUCUAUAAAUACACUGGAUGCAGCUGGAGCCAGAGCUCUCCAUCAGCAGCAACAGGAGCAAUUUAAAAUAAAGCUAGAACGUACAAAUAGUACACAGAAACGUCCAUCGUCAAAUGUUCUGCCAGUGGCGGAAUUUAGUACGGCAAAACGUCUCAAGAAUGAUUCAAUUGCAACAGCACCACAAUUGCUGCAGCAAUUGAUGGCUCCAACAGCUGCUCAACCGACCAGAUCGCGACCACAGAAGAAUGUCAGUGGAGCGAGUUUAGGUCAGGGUGAAGAUGGGGGAGGUGGUGGUAGUACCACGGGAAAUUGUAGGAUUAGGGAGUCCAAUAGAGGAGCCUGUGAGGAGAAUCGCGAGAGGAAUAGUGCGUGGAAGAGUAAUUCAAAUGGUCAGCAAGUAUCACCGUCAACGUCCAAUUCAGUGUUGAUGAAUCUUCUGGUCAGUGGAUGUGAUUCUUCUGUAUCACUGAGAAGCAGGAAUGAGAUGGAAGUGGAUGUUGAGAUGGACUCUAGAGGGUCGGAUGCUGCCUCACCAGAAGAUGGAGGUGAUGGUGGUGGCUUGAAGCCGGGAAAUUUCCGGGAAAUGCGGCAUGUGAUGACAAAUGUAUCAAAUCCAAUGAUUGGAGGCGGAUCCUUCGGAAAUGGGCCUUCCUCUGCCACAUCCACGAAUGAGAGGCACAAACCCGGAUAUGAGGAAGAUGUUGCGGGCUUUGAGAGUCUCAUGACACCAGCUGACAUGGAAAUCUGGCGAACCCUUCAGGCUACAGUUCAAGAAAAGAAGUCCAAUGGAAGUAUCCGGAAAAAUUCCUUCUCAACUCUCAUUGAUUCCGACAAUGUGGCUAUUCCUUCCCUCCUGCUCGAGCUCAGUGACCAGGAUUAUGAGCUAAAUGCCCCAAUCAGUGAAUUCAUGCUCCAAGGUGCUGACCUCAUUAAAGCCCUCGAUGAUCCCAACAGCCAAAUGACCUAAAAUCCCAUCCCAAUUGAUACCUUUCUCCCUGGAAUGAGGACAACCGCUUAGCGGCACCAAAAUUAGCGUACAGCAAAAUCUAUUGCACUGUACAAAUAAAAAUUGCAUUUAGGUGACAAGAGAGGGGAUCAUAAAACUCACAACUUCACGAAUUUCCAAGGUGCGAAACACGAGAAACUCUUUUUAUUUCUUCUUUUAAUUUUAAUUUAACUCAUUGUGCAAAUUUUAUCUUGAUAGAGUAAAAUUGAGGUGUUGGAUAUCGAUUUAGUGUAUAAUUUUUCUCUAAUUUUUAAAUGCAUUCUGUAGAGAUUUCUUGUCUUAGACAACAAUUUUUUUGUACACUUACUCAUGUAGUAAUUUUUACUUGAAAACAAAAAAAAUAUAUACGAAAAGAUUUCCUUUGUAAAAGUAGCUGUUAGAUAUUAAUUGUAGGAUUUUUUUUGUAGAUUUACAAAUGACGAUUUUUAUUAAUAUAAUAUAAGAAAAUCAGAAUGUAUAACAUUUAUUGGCUAAUAUAAUAAAAAAACAAGUGUAUUGGUUUAGUGUUUA